CGUAGGCGGAUAAAGAUCAAAGUUCACAGGUCAAGGCUAUUGACCUCAUCCCGGACAACAAAGUUCAGAAUUUUGCGAUAUAUCAACCGCAUUAACAAUAAUGGCCUCUCAAAAUCAGGAACAAAACUUUUUGGACUGGUUUGUUAGAUACCGCAGUCCGUCGGAAAUAAGCAAACUUCAUCCAGAUUUCUUGAAAAUGGAACUGAGCUGCUUUGUCUGUACAGCCCUUACAUUCAUUCAUGCUCAGCGUAUUGGUGGAAGAUUUAAGUUUCUGUGGAUUGCUGUAAUUCUUCAUGGCCUUUUUGUUGAAGCUGUAAGCUACUGGAUGCCUGAUAUUGACAGCUUCUGGCAUGCUCAGGGAAUAUUUAUGUUCAUUGGACAGCGAUUACCUCUAUAUAUUAUAUGUAUAUAUGCUGUAUUUAUCUACACUGCCAGUGUAGCUGUAGGUCACUCAGGGAUGAGAUGGUGGGCUCAACCAUUUGCAGUUGGGCUGACAGUGGUGAUGCUUGACCUACCAUAUGAUAUUCUGGGUAUAAAGAACCUAUUCUGGACAUGGCAUGACACUGACCCCAACAUUUAUGACCGACAUUACUGGGUACCAUGGACAAGCUACUAUUUUCAUGCUACAUUCGCCUGUAGUUUUACUGCUGUUUUCCAUGGUAGCCAUAAACUGCUGGCCCCUGGCAAGGAUACAUACCAGUAUGCUGGUUUCUUGCAGGAGACUGUAUGUUGUUUGUUGGCAGCAAUGUUUGGAUUCCCACUGGGCGUGGUACAGUUUGUGUUUAUAUACCAUCCAUUGCAUGACACUUUUGGUAUUCACACCGAAGUCUGUGUGAUGCUGCUUGUUGUUGUCUAUGGCCUUAUUAUAUGGAUGGGUGACAGAAAUGUUGACAGGAGCGGAGCUCAUCAUAGUAAAAGAUGGUUUUUAGAUGAAAUAAUGACAGAAGUGAUUCUACAUUACACAUUCUUCAUAUACCUGGUAUUUACCUCAAAACCAGAGAAUAAUGUUGUGACCGGACUCCAUGAACCAGUCGGACCCUGUAAUGAGACGGAGCCAGUACAAACACCAUUUAAACAUGUUCUCUCUAAAAGAAAGUACCUGUGCCUUAGUGACUAUGACGAAAAAGUUUUUGAUUUCCACUGUGUGAGUGACGUCCCGGAGCAUGGUUCACGUUGGUACACGAUCUGUGGUACACCAUACGAGAACCACAUGGAAUACAUUGUAAUCAUCUGCGGGGUGUGUUUCCUUGGACUUGUGUGGUGCUUCAACCUGCUACUGUCUGGUCCGUUGGCAGGUAAACCCCAUCACAAACAUCAUCUGAAGCAUGACUAGAGGUGGCGGCAAGACGGCUAGCAACCAAAGACGAGACACACAGGAAGAUUUUGCUGUGCCAAAUUUGGUUUUCUCACUGCUCAGUUGUAUUGGUGUGCUUGCAUAAUAUUUUGUGAUGGGAAAUAAACUGUUUUAUUUACUGGUUUUUAUUCUGUCUAACAAAGUGCAGGGAGACAAUCACACUUUUAUUAUUUAUUUAUUAAAUUAAGUGUAUAAUGAGACUAUCUGUAAUGAUUUGAUUAUCGAGAAAAAAUUGUGUUUUUCUCUUUAUAGAUAAAUUAAAAUUUACUUCCAUAAGCUGUGAUAUCAGCAUCGUAUUAACAAUAACUAUUAUUUUAGGGAUCCUUAUUGCAAGUUCAUUAGAUCCUUGAUAAUGCAUUUUUGACACUGAUAUCAAAUAUGUUUUUUUGCAAAGGAAUAAAUUUAGCAUGAUAGUACACAAUUAAGAAUUUGAUCACAUUUCAGUUUAAUGAACUACUCCUGCAGUAGUUCUAAGAUUUUAAUUUGAAAAUAGUCUAAUAAGUUUGAUAAUAAUUACGUUUUUGAAUAUUUUUAGUUUUUCUAGUUUUUCUAUUAGUGGUUCUUUCCACGUUUCAAUUAAUAAAAAAUGAUGUGACAAGAGA